AUGCAGCGAUUCACUUCCUUCAUUGGAAAGCUUCCAAGCUCGUACUGGUACACGUGGCGGCUGCAGCUGCGGUGGAGUUCGGGAACAUGGCAGGUAAGCUCGCACGGGCGGGUUCAAAGCUCCAGGGGUUCGGUUAGUUUCGGCUCCUUGAACUGUAGUGGUUAUCGUCGCGUGAAAAUCGGAGACCAGUCCUACUACGUGCACCGUCUGGUCGCCGCUGCAUUUCUGGAUCGUCCGCGGAAUCUGCGUUGUUGGCAGAUUAACCACCUCGAUGGAAAUUCUUCGAACAACCAUGUGGCAAAUUUGCAAUACGUGACUCCCAAUGAGAAUAUGAAGCAUUCAUGGGCAACCAACUCGAGUAGAAAGCGUAGGUCCUCAAAGCUUGGCAAGGCAGUGGAGUGGCGACGGCAAGGAUGCGAGAACUGGGGAUGGUGCGCAUCUCAAGCAGAGGCUGCAAGGCUCCUGGACGUAUGGCAAGCCUCGAUCUCCCAAUGCUGUCGAGGAUUGAUGAAAAAGUGCAGAAGUACAAGUACCGCAGGUGCCGAUUGGUUCGAGUUCAGGACAGCUCUCCAAAUCGGUGAAAGUGCUCCCUUGGAUGAGACCUGGCGACAUGCUACAUAUGUCGGUGAUGAAGCUGAGACCAUGCGCAACAUCAUGGUUAGCAACCACGGACGUGUUUCGCACUACCUGCAUGGUAGAAAUUUCAUCACUUAUGGCACGGAGCAAAGGAAUGGAUACUUCGCAGUCAUAAAGGGAGGACGGUAUAUGAUGGUGCACCGUCUGGUUGCAGCGACAUUUCUUGGUCAGCCCAGCCUGCCAGAGCUGCAGGUAAACCACAAGGACAUGAACCGCGGAAACAACCAUGUGAGCAAUUUGGAGUACGUCACGGCAUCCGAGAAUGUCAAACAUGCUGUCUUGCAGCGAACGGGACAGGCACGCCCCAGUCGGAGUGGCAAACCCGUUCAAGUACGACUUCGGACAGGUGCAGGAGCUUGGCAGGCCUUUGCUUCAAUGAGAGCAGCAGCCUCGUAUACAGGAUUGGACCCUCAUCGAAUCUCACGUCUGUGCAAUGGCCGAGAUGAUGAUGCAUCCUGGGAAGUCAGAUGUGCGAUUGAAAACGCGCUCCCUGGCGAGGAGUGGAGACCCGUGCAGCUUGAAGGUGCCCGCGUGGCGGGAGCAACACAACCAAGAGCAAAAACUUAA